AUGAUGAGCCGCAUCUUGCUUGCUGUCGUUGCCUUGGUCUUGGGCGUGUCUGCCAGUCCGGCACACGCCCCCGAGGGCUUCAACGUCACCGUUGAUCUCGGAUAUACCCUCCACCAAGGCUUCCUCAAUAAAACAGGCGACUUUUACACCUUUAGCAACAUCCGUUUCGCCGAGCCGCCGGUGGGCGAGCGACGCUUCAAGCCGCCGGUCCCCGUCUCGACAGACCAACGCUUCAAGCCGCCGGUCUCCGUCUUGACAGCCCACCGCACCGUCAACGAUGGAUCCGUCGGCAUCGCCUGUCCGCAGAGCAUGCCGGAGUGGAUCCUCGCAAAGGCUGCCAAGGAGCAGGACGGCUCUGCCUCUGCGAUGCACCAGAUGUUCGAGGUCGACCAGGAGCAAGACGAAGAUUGCUUGUUUCUGGAUGUCAUGGUGCCGAGGAAGAUUUAUGAGAGAAGACCGGGUGGGAUGGAUGAGGAUUCUGGUCAAUACGGCAAAGCCGGCUUUAGCCCAAAGAGUCGAGCCCCAGUCGUGGUAUGGAUCUUUGGCGGCGGCUAUGUCUUUGGCCAGAAGCGCAUGGUCGGUUCCGAGAUCGACAACCCUGCCGGGCUGAUUGCGCGCUCCCACGAUAACGGCGGCGAGGGCGUCGUCUACGUUGCCAUCAACUAUCGCCUGGGCUUGUACGGCUGGCUUAACGCCGGCGACGACCAAGACGUCUUUCCCAACGUCGCUCUGCAGGACCAGCGGGUGGCUCUGGAGUGGGUGAAGAAGCAUAUCCAUCAUUUUGGCGGUGAUCCCGACAAUGUCACCGUCUUGGGCGAGUCGGCCGGUGGCGGCAGCAUCAUGCACCACAUCACGGCAGAGGGUGGGAAAGCAAAGGUCCCUUUCAAACGCGCCAUCAUCCAGAGCCCUGGCUUCCAGACGGUUGUCGACGCCCCGGGAAUCUGGAAGCGUACCUUGUCCACGGCCAGCAAGCUCGCGGGCCACAAGAUUCAAAACGGCGCCGAUCUUGCUGCUCUCGACCCCGAGACCCUCUCCAAGGUCAACAACAGGGUCGUCGCCGAGUCACCGGACGGCACCUACACGUUCGGGCCAACGGUCGACGGCGGCUAUGUGGCCGACUUGCCCGGCGUCCUGUUGCUCGAGGGCAAGUUCGAUCAAAGUCCGGAUCUGAUGAUGGGUCACAACGCAAACGAGGCGCUUGUAUACCUCGAGCCCGGGAUUACCAAAACGAAGCUGUACAAGACGGAGCACGAGAGGGGCGUGCUCUUCAUGUCGGAGCUCUCCUUCACCUGCAACACACGAUACCUAAGCACCGCCUGGGGCAACAAGACGUGGAACUACCGGUUCCAAGUGCCGCCGGGGGCUCAUGGCCAAGACUUGUCGUACACCUUCUACAGCGGUCCAAACAACAGGACCGAUGGAAAGCUGGCCGAGGACAUGCAGCGGUACUUUGCAAAUUUUGCGCGGUCUGGCAACCCCAACGUUGGGGGAACGCUGCCUGACUGGCCCGUGUACGGCGAGAGCGCGCGGCUCGCGACGUUUGGACCGGAGGGAAUCGGCACCGACGUGGAUAAGACCCGGAACGAGCGGUGCGCGUAUUGGCAAACGGGCAAGUAUCGAUUAUGA